AAUAUGGCGGCGUGGGCGGGCGCCGCGCCGGCCGGCGCCGGGUGCGCAUGCGCGGCGCGCGGCCGCGUCUCCUGUAGCAACAGGGCCGGGCCCACAUGUGACACGGCCUGCCGCCGCACGUGACCCGCAACUGCCCAGAUGAACGUGUCGUGCGUGGAGUGCGGCCCGCCGCCGGACGCGAUCCUGCACAUCCCGCCGCCGCCGCUGCCCACGUUCCUGCAGCGCGCCCUGGCGCACGACGCGGACGCGGCCGCCGCCGCCGCCGCCGCCGCCGCCGCCGAGGGGCAGCCCGCCUGCGCGGCGCCCUGCGCCUUCACGGACACGCCCGCCGUCGAGUACGUCGAGCUGCCCCGCCAAGGCCCGGCGCUGGACGACACGUGGCUGCUGGUGCUGGUGUCCUCGUGCGCGGGCGUGCUGCUGCUCGGCGCCCUGCUCGCCUUGCUGCUCCUCAAGUGCAAACUGCCGCGCAGCGGAAAGGGCACCCUGAGCCUGGAUGGCCCGCCGCUGGACGGCAGGGUCUCCAAGGGCUGCGAGGCCGUUCUGUACCCGCACAGCGCCGACAGCCGCAUGGCGCUCUGGGCCAUGCUGACCCCGCGCGGCACGGCGCACCACCUCGCUGAGGGCGGGGGCGGCGGCUGCGCCCGGAGGCCCGCGUCGCCGCCCCCCUCGUGCAAGGCGGCGCCGCCGCCGCCCGCCUCCGGCAGCACGCCCACCAACUUCGACAACUCGGCGUUCGUCGACUCGGAUGCGGACGGCACGUCGGCCGACGCGUUCCCGCUGGGCGAGCUGUCGGAGGGCAGCCCGCGCGUGUCGCCGCCCACGUGCAUCGAGCACCCCAACCUGCCGCCGCUCAACCUGCACCCGCACCCGCACGGCCGGCCGCGGCGCGCGCCGCUCUCCCGCCAGGGCUCCGACGCCGCGUCGCCCGCCUCGCCGGUCGUCCUCUAACUCCGACGCCGCCACAGUGCUCUCUACGCUAAACACCAAAAAUCUAUCGUCACCAAAACCUGCGACAACGAAUGACAAUCUUCCUGAAUGGCUCGCUACAAGUGCCUCCGAACGUACCGCUGUAAAAGUUUACGGUUCGCAAAGACUGACGACACUCUUUGAACCUAUCGCGCUUACGAUUCCUGCGUCGAAACGGACGUGUACUCACGUCUGAGAAACGUAACAGACAGUUAAACGACGCAGUGCUCCGAAUCCUUAUUUCUCACUAUCGAUCUCCUGUGCUUCAUUACGUAUUGCCAGAGACCUGGAUAUCUGCCUACCACGGAUGUUCGUCGUCUCCGACUAUUACGAUUCUCUUCUAGCUGAGAGAUAUUUGUCAUUUUGACAGUGUCUUUAAUGUUGCAUAAAGCAGCUGACUACAUGACGUGCAAAAGAAUUAAUCGCACUUAUAUAUUUCCUCCAGUGGCACGUGCAGUAAUUGUUGGUUGCACGUCUGAGAAACUUAACAGACCAUAAAAUGAGGCAACGUGCUUUUAGUGCACAGCAUCCUAUUUCCUUUGCGUCGGUUGUGCUUAUUCACGCACUAUCAAAGGGACGGAUAUACCUCGCACGUUCUUUGUAUUCGUCUGCUGCAAAUGAGAGAUCACUGCCACUUUGAAAGUGUCCCUAUGUUUCCACAAAAUAGUUGCUUACACGUUAUACAAAACUGAUUAACCUCCGUUCUGAAUCUUACUUCGGUCUCGAAGAACGAUUAAAUCUGAUUCUGAGGUAUGAAGAAAGUGUUUCAAACCCAAGAUGUGUGUGGAUUCCUGAGGGACCAAACUGCUGAGUCCAUCGGUCCCUAGACUUGCACACUACGUGACUAAUUUAUGCUAAGAACAGCACACACACCCGUGCCCGAGGGAGUAAUCGAACCUCCGGCGGGAGGGGCCGCGCAAUCCGUGACGUGGCGCCUGUAACCGCGCGGCCAGUCUCUAUUUUCUUCGAGAAGAUCCGACAGUAAACCUGCAGAACGUCAAUAACAAGUGAACGUGUUCCUAAUUCUGUUUCCACUCGAGGACUCCCUGAACGUAAAAAUAAAAGGGCAAGAUAAAGUGAAAGCUUUCUUAAAAUCAAUAAGGCGUCUUUGAACUGAAUUUCUACUGGAAGGAUUUCCCUGAGAUCUCCAGGAAACUUCGAGCGACCUGUGAUAAAGUGCUACACUUAGUACGAUAAAAGAGAUAACUGCAAUGGUUCAUCUACUUGUACUCUGGAUUUGGAAAGUAAGGAGCUGUGCACUCGGCAAAAAAUAUGUGUAGAAGGAACUGAUAAUUCUUGCAUUGCAUCUGUCGUCGUAGUGCUAGGUAGUGUCUCAUAUUCUUAAACUGUAGAAGUUUCAGUUAGAAAGUUUCUUUUCUGUUUAUAGAAUGAUGUGAAAUGCUGACGAGCUGAAAUGAAACAAUCGAUAGCGAAUGAAAUUACGGGUAUUUUGUGUAGGGAUGUAGAAUUUAGCUUAGUUGGACCUAGCAAUCUAUAGCAAAUAGUUCUUCCAUUUCAGAUGCAAUAGCCCAUAUAUCGUCACAGUCGUCGGCAUCGUAAUAAGCUGGAACGAGGGCUGGCUAUAGACUCCCUAGUGGCACGUCUAGAAUGAAUUUCUUUUAUUUCCGCCAAUGAUCACAAAACAUUCGGUCCUUAGAUUACCGGUUUCAGUCAGCAAUGACCAUCUUCAGAUCUGCAGAAAUUCAUGGGAAACGGAAUACAGCUAGUGAACAGAUUACCUCUUAGAACAGUAAAAUAUGCCGAAACGAAAAAUUCUAUUAUUCUAGGCCUAGUGAUAAAACAGGCAUGCCUCGUCAUACUUUAAGUUCAUGUUCCAUGAAAGUAAUAAUUUUUCGUUAUGGCAUAUGGACGUAAUCGUUUUACUAGUUGUAUUCCAUUUCCCACGAUUGGUGGAAACAAAAGAAAUUCAUUCUCCUCUUCCUGGAUCACUGUUUUAAUCCGCGACCAUGUCGGAACUUACGAAACUGACACGUCUGUUGUCGCUACAGUACCGUACUUCAUAUACUACCAAUGGGCCGUUUCGAUUCACGGUGAUAGGGUAUGUAGGGCGCGACUAGGACUUGAACACGUUUAAACAAGAUACAAAUAUCAACUCUUUUCGACAAAACCGUGUUUGAAAAUUUUAGGCGAGCUUAUAUACGAGUAAUUUGUAGGUCCUCCUCCGAUGCUGACUAAUCAGCGUAGACGCCUACCAUACUCGGGACCUGGGUUCAAAUGUUCAAAUGUGUGUGAAUCUUAUGGGACUUAACGGCUAAGGUCAUCAGUCCCUAAGCUUACACACUUCUUAACCUAAAUUAUCCUAAGGACAAACACACACACCCAUGCGCGAGGGAGGACCCGAACCUCCGCCAGGAAUAGACCUGGGUUCAAUUCCCGCUACUGUCAACGACUUUUCCUAGGUGGGAGGAUUGGUACGUGGUGCACUCACCUCGUGAUACCAAUUGAGGAACAGCUUAACCGGCUAGUAGCGGCUCCACGGUCUGGAAAGUCUUCGAAGUGGCCGUAAAAGCGGUGUGCAGACCACAUGCUCGUUCAUACCGCAGUGGCAAGGCAGAGGAUGACACGGCGCCCGGUAGACAGCUCUUGGGCCUUCCCGGGUUAUAUGUACUUUGUAUGGUCACUUGUAUUCAAUGAGUAUGUAGCGAGCGAAUAAGUACGCAGUUUCACAAGGUCGUGGUCUCUCGGUCCAAUAUCGUUUUUUCAUUCCCCCGUAAUUCUAUCAAAAGACUUAUUUUAUUAUUACUGCACAGCUUAUCAGUAUUUAAUGAUUCAUUUAUAUUUUCGUAAUAUUUAUCUUAAAAAAAGAAGAAAAAUUCCCUAAGAAGACUGAAAAUAAAAAUAAGGAUACACGAUAACUCUCAGUCAAAUAACCAUAAUCAUUUUAUUUAUAUUAUUGUGUUCACACUUGCAUCAAUUAUGUGCAGCCUAUGGACCUCUGCACGAAUUAGGAUGAUACUGAUAGUAGAAACAUGGAAAACAGUCAUUAUUGCGACGUACAACGUAUGUAAUGAAUGCCGAAUUUUUACGUGUGAGUGCCUUUUUCAAGGUGUGUAUUGCAAAAUAAACGUGGUUUACAUUCUAAAUAACUCUCGGUCAUGGUGUACAACUGAAUGAAUUUUUAUGCAAUGUUCUCUAGAAACACCCUAUUCUCUUCGAUGUUGUACGCGCAAUUUUGUAGUCGUUUUAUAACGUUCUUCAGCUACCUCUAAACCUGAACGUCGCAAGGCUGCACCAGCGGACUACAUUUUGGAGGAAUUACUUUAUUACCUCACUUCGGCAGACCCCCUCUAUUCUGAAAAGUUCAUUUGUCCAUGCCAUGAAUCAAGGAGCAAAAGAAGUAGCUCUUCUCUCACGUGUGGAUACCGGGAAAAGAUUAUGAAAAUUAUAAAUGACUGAUUAGAAAUUGAUAAUUUGUAGAGUCGUAAUAAAUCUCUUGUUAGAAUUAAGGCAGAAUGUAAAAGUACUGGCAGCGAACUUCGAUCCACAAUCCUCGCUCAUAUGAAACUAAGAGCUUACUCGCUCGGCUAAUUACUGCUUAUAAAUUCUACCGACCACACAAAGUAUAUGAGCAAGUCUAAAAUUUUCAAACUCGAGUUGAGGGCUGCGACUUCCUGCUUACAUUUGUUGAAAUCCUAGUCGUGCCCUACCCGCAGGGUCAAUAAGAAUCAGAUCGGUGAGGGGAGUUCAUACUCUCCCCUUGUGACCCAGAAAAACCAACAACCUGGCACGAACCUCUAUCUGACUCUCAAAGGUCCCUGCCAAAAUUCGUGGCUAACUCACAAAUCCUGGUGCCAGAUAUAUUACGUAUCUUUAUUUUCUAAGUUUACGAGGUUGCCCAGCAAACAUUUUAAACUAAAAUAUUCUCGAAAUAAUUUAAUGUAACGCUUUACUGUGUAGAUUUGGUUGAGUAUAUUCUGACGAGCUGUUCAAGGCCAAAAUUCUUUCAGCAUAUAAUUGAAAAACACAACAUCAACCCCUGUCAUUCUUUGAGAUAGCUAAUUCACUUUCACAACAACAACAAAACUUUUAAGUUGACCGAUUUUUAAAAUCGGUGAAGUGGGUCACAUGUGUCCGAUGAACCUGACUAGAUCCAUAUUUUCACGUGAACCUUAGUUUUUCAGAGUUAAAUAUUUAGUUUGUAGAAUGGUUUUAUCAAGAUGGCAGUUAUGGAAAAAAGUAGAACAAAUCAGUACCAAAACAUGUAUAUUCUCCUGACAAUGAAAAACAUGAACUUUCACACACAAGUUUUCAACAUAACAUUUAGAGAUGGCUUUAAUAUACCACACACGAAAGUUUUAUACAGUCUAUGAAGUUUUCUGGGUCACAUAUGUCCCACUACAUCCAAAUUAUGUACAAACCAGGAGAAUAUUGAGAUGUGUACUGAUGUUUCAAACCAAUAUAUAUGAUGUACACGAAAACACAGUUCGUUAUUUCAGACAUAUUUGGAAUGGAGAAGACGAUGAUUUGAUCUGAUUUUUGUGAAAGAGGCACACUAUAAACACACCACCCAAUUUGACCGGUCACAGCCUUCUACAUAUGCACCCAAUGGUCCGAAGUAUUUUUCUCCAAAUUUCGAAAGUAUAUUGCUAUGUGCUUGCCAUAGACAAAUGGGAGAUGUAGGCAUCGAAACCCUCAAAACUGCAUAUUACUGUUGUGGGACAUAUGCAUCAACUCAACCACGAAAGGCUUAGCGCAGACAAAUUUCCAUCGUAGUUUCGACUACGUGAGUUAACAAAGGCUGUACUUCCCUACGUAUGCCCGCCAUUUUCUGCUGUGAUGUUUUUUUCUUUAAUGUUCCCAGCUUCAUGAAAAGAUGACAUCCUCUUUUACGAUUACUUCUCCUCCAGUUCCUCGGGUAUAUUAAUUUUUUUCUUUACUUAUGCCAGUAUUUUCAUAUUCCAAAUGUCACAGCAAUGAGUGAAAUUUAGUUUCGAUAGUGUGUUGUCAAUGAAUAUGGUGCUGUUGCGCUUCUUUUACAUCUACACUAUUCUCAGCUCAUACAGCGCCGUAUGUCAAAUUCACUUGUUAAGUGAUAGGAGGCAUCGGAUUUACACUGGGUAGGUUCUAAUGGGCCAACGGCCUUGCCACAGUGCUAACAACAGUUCCCAUUAUACCAGUGAAGUUACGCACUGUCGGGCUUGUGAGCGUCCAGCUCCGCCGAGCACUGUUGGCAAGUGAAGUGCACUCAGCGCUUGUGAGGCCAAUUGAAGUUGCUGCUCCGGUCACGAAAGCUGGCAACGGCCGUGAGAGCUACGUACUAACCACACUCCUCUCCAUCUCUGCAUCCAGCGACGCCUAUCGGCUGAUGUUGAGAUGUUGACACUGCGGUCGGUCGGUAUCGUUGGGCCUUCCGAGGCAUGUUCGUACGGAGUUCAGUUUAGCUUUAGGUUCUAAUGGAGGCACUUUGCCCUUCUAUGCCUGUCGCCAUCAGAGUGUACAUGUUGACCAACAGUUAUGGUCCUCGACUCCUUAAGCCAAAGAUAUUAGUGAAUCGAAGGUAUAGAAAGUUGUCAUCAUAUUUCCCUGUGCGCCCCCAGUAGCUGACUGGUCAGCGCGACAGAAUGUCAAUGCUAACGGCCUGGAUUCCAUUCCCGGCUGGGGUAGGAGAUUUUCUCCCCUCAGGGACUGGGUUUUAUGUUGUCCUACUCAUCAUCAUUUCAUCCCCAUCGGCGCUCAAGUCGCCGAAGUGUCGUCAAAUCGAAAGACUUGCACUUGGCGAACGGUCUACCCCUCGGGAGGCCCUAGUCACACGACAUUUACAUUUAUCAAAUUUCACUCACUGUUAUACCUAUUUCAUCCUCUACAUGUUGUUUUAAACAGUAUGUUCUCAGUGAUGCAAUUAUGUGUACACAAACUUGGUUAUCUUCUAGGAGAAUUACAUUGUAAAACAAAUAAAUCUUCUCUAUUUGUCGUUCUAUAAGCGAACCAUAAACGAAAAAUCGUUUUACAACUUUAAAAAAGGGUUUAUUGUACACCAGUUUUUAUGAAGCCGGAGCAGGGAAAUUUUGACCUAUAAGAGAAAUUGACUGCUUUAGCACAAAAAUGUUAACAGAUCGUAACAAAACUGAUCAAGUUCUUAAAAUUUGUUUAUACUGUGAGGCAGAAGUUUAAAAAAAAAAUGCUAACCUGCGGUGACUUCGGUAUUCACAUUGACUCAAAAGCGAGUAUGACAUAGCUGUUUUAUUUCUGACUGAAUUCCUAUUGCAGUGGGCGAUCAUUAUUCCUGGAGUAACUAAGAAACGAAGGAUGGCUACUUCACUGGUGUGGAUAUUCUUGCGAUUUAUUAGCCACAUGUUUCGCAUACUAAUUCACUAUACGUCAUGGGAAUUUAUUGUGUAGCUUGCUGAAGGAAA